GCAGCAAGCAUAUGUAGUAUGCAGAUAGCUAGCAGCAAAUUAAUUAUAUAUAUAUAAUCCUCAGCUGCUGCCUGGUACAUACAGUAUAUCUUAUAGAUGGGGCGCCGCGAGUACAGUGAACAAUAUCAUCAUCGGGCAGGGGCAGGGGCAGGGGCAGGCGCUGCCAUUGUGGUGGUGGUGGUCGCAGUCGCAGCAGCGGUGGUGUGCGAGUGCGAGGCGAAGCCGCGAGCCUUUUUCGUGUUUGGCGACUCGCUGGUGGACAGCGGCAACAACAACUACCUGAUGACGACGGCGCGGGCGGACUCGCCGCCCUACGGCGUGGACUACCCGACCCACCGCGCCACGGGGCGCUUCUCCAAUGGCCUCAACGUCCCCGACAUCAUCAGCGAGUACCUCGGCGCCGAAUCCGUGCUGCCUUACCUCAGCCCGCACCUGGACGGACCCAAGCUGCUCCACGGCGCCAACUUCGCCUCCGCCGGCGUCGGCAUCCUCAACGACACCGGCAUCCAGUUUGCCAACAUCAUCCGCAUCGAGAAGCAGCUUCGGUACUUCAAUCAGUACCAGGAUCGGGUGCGCGGGCUGAUCGGUGGCGCGGCGGCGCGGCGGCUGGUGGAGGGCGCGCUGGUGCUCAUCACGCUCGGCGGCAACGACUUCAUCAACAACUACUACCUGGUGCCAUUCUCAGCCAGGUCCCGGGAGUUCGCGCUGCCGGACUACGUGCGCUACAUCAUCGGCGAGUACGGCAAGGUGCUGAGGCAGCUCUACCACCUGGGCGCCAGGCGAGUGCUGGUCACCGGCUCCGGCCCGCUGGGGUGCGCGCCGGCGGAGCUAGCCACGCGCAGCGCCACCGGCGAGUGCGACCUGGAGCUGCAGCGCGCGGCGGCGCUGUACAACCUGCAGCUGGUGCGGAUGACGCGGGAGCUCAACGCCGAGCUGGGCGCCGGCGACGUCUUCGUGGCCGUCAACGCCUACAGGAUGCACAUGGACUUCAUCUCCGACCCGGCGGCGUACGGCUUCGCCACCUCCAAGGUGGCGUGCUGCGGGCAGGGCCCCUACAACGGCGUCGGCCUCUGCACCGCGCUCUCCACCCUCUGCCCCGACCGCUCCCUCUACGUCUUCUGGGACAACUUCCACCCCACCGAGAGGGCCAACCGCAUCAUCGUCAGCCAGUUCAUGUCAGCCUCGCCCGACUACAUGCACCCCUUCAACCUCUCUACCAUCCUCGCCAUGGACGCCGCCACUGCUGCUGCUGCGCCAUGAACGCCCGCCAUCAUCCGGCCCAUACAUAUCGACCAACCUCGCUAUAUAUAUCUCUAAUUUUAUAUAUAUGCCGCCUAUACUAUAAUUAACUACGCUAUAUAUAGCUAGUAUAAUUGAUAAUGUAAUUCUCCCAAGCAAUGCAAUAUACAUAUGUAUGCAUGCAAAUAAAGAUCGAGGGAUAUAUAUAUUGCGUACGUGCAAAUCGUUAUACAUAUGAGAAUAAUGUUAUGUUUGCCUGUAAGGUUCAAUCAUCCCUGAACAUGCAGGCUCUAGCAUAAUAUGGAUGACCACUCCAGCAAUCAACUUUUUAUUGCUACAAACACCAUCUCUACAGUUACACUCGGGUGCAUCACUAUGUUGCAAUGCCAGGAAACACUCCGGAAAUUAAAGUAAAAAUAUAUAUAUGAAAUGACCCCCGAAUGAAAAGGGGUCCA